AUGAGCGGAUCAGAUUCAAAUCAAAAUGCAGCUGCAUCAUCAAAUAUUCGGCAACCACGACAACGUAUGGCACAAAAUUACCUUCUCAUCUGGGUAGAUGCCAGCAUUGACGAAGCAGACGAGGACUGCCACAAUACAUUGGCUCAAUUGAAAAAUGUCAUCAAUGAUGUCAACUUAUGCACGGAAUCGGAUCAAUGCAUCGAAGCACUCAAUAAAGUUGACAAGGAACACGUCUUCGUGAUAACAUCAGGCUCAUUAGGCCAACAUUUGGUUCCUAAAACUCAUGGCAUAUCACAGCUAGAUGCCAUUUAUAUCUUCUGUGGCAACAAAUCCAGCCAUGACGGAUAG